AUGGCCUCCUCGUGGUGCUGGAACUGCCUCUCGAGGCUCCGGCUCACACCGCAAGCACUCACUCCGUCCGCAACACCCCGGAUUUCGAACGCCCCCUUCCAUUCCACCGCGCUGAAAUAUGGCAUACCGCCCAAGAAAAAGACCAGCUCUCAAACUGUUCAGAAGCAUCGAGUGUCUGCCAGCAUCAGAAAGAAGAAGAAGAGGCCCGAGCGUAGCGGUGGUGGUGGUGGUGGCCGCUCCAUGGCUCCUGGCGAGCGCAAAGCCAUGAGGAAACGCAUUGUCCUGAGCAACCCCAAUGCCCUUGAGGUUGAGGGUAUGAACGAUCUUUCUGUGGAGACAAUGGUCGAUUCCCGUCUCCGUGGCAGCGUUCUUGGACUUCCUCUGCCCAUGAUCGAUCAAUUGAGAGCUGUGCAAGCUUUCAAGCCUAAGCAGGGCUGGUCCAUAUUCCGGCGCCCUGGAACCGUCCUCCGCCGCGAUACCAUUGAGAUGGGCCGUUUGUUUGAGGAGAUCUCUGGGGAGACAGAGACCCCCAAGAAGGGCAAGGUCGUUAAGAAAAUCAUCAGCGGCAUUAAGGGCUCAGGCAAGAGUGUGCACCUGCUCCAGGCUAUGGCAAUUGGAUUCUUGAAAAACUGGGUCGUCAUCACUGUUCCUGAUGCCCGCGAACUUACAUGCGCCAACACCGCCUAUACCGCAGUGGAAGGCACCAAGCCUCUGCAAUACAUCCAGCCCAAUGCUACAUCAGCUUUGCUGACCCGCACUGUUGAGGCCAACCGCGAGCUCCUGGCCAAGCUCAAGGUGUCCCAGAAGCACCCGUCUUUGCCAAAGCUCGCACGCGGAGCGACCCUCGAGGAUCUUGCUAAGCUUGGAUUCAAUGACCCCGCCAUUUCUUGGAAUGUGUUCCAAGCUCUCUGGACUGAGCUCACUGCCUCAGCCCCGGCCCAGGGACUUGAGCAGGACUUUGAGCCCCGUCCUCCCAUGCUUGUUACCGUCGAUGAUAUGGCCCACUGGAUGACCGAAAGUGAAUACCGCGAUGCCGACUAUAACAAGAUCCAUGCUCAUGACCUAUACUUCGUCAAGCACUUCCUGUCCUUGUUGAAGGAAGGUGACUCUCUGAAGAACGGCGGUCUGCUUCUCUAUGCCACUUCAGCCUCAAACAACCCCAACCCCGUGGCCUUCAAUAUUGCUCUGGACCGCCUGGCUGCUCGUCAGGCUGGCAUCAGUCCUUCCGACCCCAAGUACCCCAACCCUGCAGCCUACAGAGAUGUUGAUGAGCGUGUCCUGGAGCUUUUGAAGCCCCUCGACAAAGCCACCAGCCCUCUCGAGGUGCAAGUCCUGGGCGGUCUUACUCGUGAUGAGGCCCGCGGCUUCUACGAGUACUUUGCUCGCAGCGGUCUCGUGCGCGACAUCAUCACUGAACAGUGGGUCGGAGAGAAGUGGAGCUUGUCUGGUGGCGGGAUCAUCGGCGAGCUGGAGAAGCUUGGUCGUCGUUACCGCUCUGCAUCUGCCUAA